UAUUCAUUUGCAGUGUUCUGAAACUUGCAGUAGUAAAAACUUCUCACAGGGUACUGGGUCUGCUAAAUAUUUUAAUAUAUUGGUCCAUCUAGUGGCUGUUUUUGGAAAUUCCAUAAGACGGUAAAAAAUUAUUUUGACUAACACGAACUUGUUAAGCCUAUGUGCUUAGUUUUAGUUUAAAUCAGGUAAUAAAUACAAUAUCACUCCAAAGUGACUGACGGGUUUUGAGUGGAAUUUCCUUUUUUGUGUGAAUUCUUCCUUGUACGCCUGUACUUCAUUUCCCAGCAUCCUGUAUGUGUCGCAAAUUGCCAAACCUGCUUUGCGAUAGCUGAUAGGCCAGCUAGUGUGAAGUGACUUGAGUAAUGGCUAGAGGGGACACGAGAUAGCAAACGAGCUUAGAAUUAUUCGCUUAUUUUUUUUUAUUAUUUUACCGAUACCGGAAGUUCGGCGGGUAUUUGUUUUACUCGGCAUUUAGCUCGAGGGCUCGGUUUGGGCUCGCUUCUUUUGUUUACAUCCAUACUGCAUGCAGUGGAAUGGCUGAAGUGCCGCCUGGGCCUAACACACUGCCUGCGUCCUCGGCCGAAAUUAUAUCGCUGCCCGUGGAUGGCUGCUCGUUCCUGGGGAACAAUGAGAAAUUGGACCGUGGCCGAGGAGAUGUUCUAGCUCCGGGGACAGAGGCGCAACAAGCCACUGAGCCCAAAGGGAUAGUUAAAUUGAGCCAGAACAGCGUUCAUCACCUUAACUCGCCUGCUCAGCUGCAUUCUUUACCGGCCCAGCUCAACGGCAUCGCUAGCCAUCCGGAGCACGACGAGCACCGCGGCCAUAAAAUCGCUCAAAACCACGUCCAGCACCGAGCGCACCGAGCGACCGACUGUCAGUGCACUGCCUCGGGUUAUGUGGACAGUAUUGACGGGCGGGGAAGCAGGAAAUUAGCGUGUAACAACCGCGGCAACUCGUUACCCAGUAACGGAGUCGACUUCCCCGAUCCCGCGGCCAUAACCGAGCUCGGCUCUUCGGAUCAGCUGGAGAGAGAGAGUACGUGUCUGAAAGCCGAGCUCGGCAGGACUGUGUGUCGCUCCGAGUGUAACGAUAAUGUGCAGAAAGCAGCGGGGGACAGAGAGCGAGGCCUGGGGCCGCAGGGAUCUGGAGCUGAGGAGGCACCACUAGAAGAUCAGAUAGCAAAGCUGUCAGUGAGCACACAGGCAUUGGAUCACAGCCCCAUCACUUAUGUGAGAUACGAGUCCGAGCUGCAGAUGCCGGAUAUAAUCAGGCUCAUAACUAAAGACUUGUCCGAGCCUUACUCUAUUUACACCUAUAGGUACUUCAUUCACAACUGGCCCCAGCUCUGCUUUCUGGCAAUGGUGGAGAAAAACUGUGUUGGUGCCAUUGUAUGCAAGUUGGACAUGCACAAGAAGAUGUUCAGGCGGGGAUACAUUGCCAUGCUCGCUGUGGACUCCAAAUUUCGCAGGAAAGGCAUCGGUACAAACCUUGUUAAAAAGGCCAUCUAUGCCAUGGUGGAAGGGGACUGUGAUGAGGUGGUGCUGGAGACCGAAAUCACCAACAAAUCAGCCCUGAAACUUUAUGAGAAUCUGGGCUUUGUCAGGGACAAGCGGCUGUUCAGAUACUAUUUAAAUGGAGUGGACGCUCUCCGGCUCAAGCUGUGGCUACGCUGAGUUCUCCUGUGACGUCCCGGACUGUCCUUCAAUUCCUCUGUCCUCCUGUCCCUGUGUCCAAGUGAGUACGGAGAGUUGGCCUCCAGCAAGCCACAAAUGGGAGGCAGCCGCAUGAAAAACGAGCAAAAUGUAAUAAAGAGUUUUACGUACCUUUCUUCGUGCAAGAGAAGUUAUUGCAAAAAAAAAAAAAAAAAAAAAAUUGGGGGUGCUAAUAUUUAAAACAGUCGCUGACUCCGAAGAGGAAAAGUUUCUGGAUUUCGCUGUUGUCCAAAAGCCCGAUUGCAGGUCGUUGUGUGAAUGCAGGACAUUAACAUCACCUCUAGGAGUCGUGUCGAACUGGUUCAGGCUAAACGAAAACAAACAAGGCAUCACCCUCUAUUCUUUUAUUUUUUAUGAGUAAUUGUAACUGAGGGAUGGAAAAUAAACUUCUACAGUCAAAACAAAUUAAACAUGUGGAAAAAAAAAAUAGAAGCUACACUAACGAAUCUGAUUUUUCUUUUUUCCCUUUUCUUUUUGUUUUCUUCAGAAGAGGGUUGAUGGGGAUGUUCUGAUUGUGAUACAGGCCAAAGCAUUGGCGUGCGUGCGUGCGUGUGUGUGUGGGGUAGGGGGCUAUUCUUUUUAUGUGUGUAUUUUAUUCCCUAUAUUUGAACAGACCAAGCUCUUUUCAUUGUAGGAAUACAGCUGCUUAAGCCAGAUAUGCACUUCUUGCUAAAGGAAGACACCACAUUGCACUCAGAGAUAUUGUCCAUACAUACAAACAAAGCUAUUGAAUUGCUAAAGCAGGCAAAUUCUAUUUGUUGUUACCAGAAAUCACUGUCUGCACAUAAAUUGUGCCAGUAUAAACCUUUUCACCUAUUUAUCCUACUUUCUUUAGCGUGAGGACACACAACUACAGGCCGGCACAGUUUGUUGAUUUUUUAGCUACUAAAACUAGUAACUGGUUGGAUCCGAUGUUCUUGAGAAGGGAAAUCACCAAACUGUACACAUCACCUGAUCUAGAAUGUGCUGCCAUUUUUAAGCAUUUGUUGUUGUGUUUUUUUUUUGUUUUUUUUUUGGGCUUGUUUUGUUUUUAAAAUGUUGUGCUGGUUUGUUGAUACAGUUGCAUUCAUUUUGUCGCAUAUACACCGUUCAGCCCCACAAACAUGUAACAUGAUCCAUCCAUCUUCAUAAAAUGACAAGGUGUUUUAACAUAAAUGAAAAUGAAUCACUGAUAGAAAUUCCCUUCAUAUAACGAAUGACUUCAGACUGAUUUACAAACACACCGAUGCACUUUUACAAAAUGUACCCAUCUUAAACAGAUAUCUGUCCAAAGUGUUCUGCAGUUACCAGAUUCAAAAAUGAUGUAUGAUAAUGCAUAACAUACUGACUGCCAAAGGUGCGAUUUAUCAGCACUAGUCAACAGUUAAUUCAUAAUGAAUGCCUUCUACUCAAAUAUGCCAUAUGUUCGAAUAAAUAAAUAAAAUAAAAUAAAAUAAAAUAACAACCUCCUCAUUGCAUGCACAGUCUCCUGUGCUGUCCAGCACUGCUUUAGUUUAGCAGCAGGGGGCAACGUAUAAGUAUGAGCAGCUCAUCACUCUGUAUUAGCAACCACUUAUGCUGAGGAGGAUAUGCAACAAUUUACAUUGUUAAGAAAGUUGUUUCAGAGUGUGUGCUGUAUAGUGUGUUGAUUUUUAUGUGGUGUUAGAACGAGUGUCCGAUUAAGAGUGUAGAUGAGCAUAGACCCCACAUUGCAAGGUUCAUUUGUUUUUGUUUUUUGGCUUUGUUUUUUUGUGUGUGUGUUUUUCCCCCUUAUAAAUACUGAUCUGCCUUCUCUUCAAAUCGUGGCUGAUGAUAUGCUUUGCUGUUUUUUUUUUCUUCUUGGAAAUCAUGCAAAUUUUUGGUGGGGGAAAUGUGAUUUUGUUUUUGUACAGAGGUACAACAGUAUUGCUCAGAUGGACAUUUUGGAAAAUGAAUAUUUUGCUGAAGAACUGAAUUGUGCAUUUGUAUUGUGUGAACUCCAAUUGCAUAAGAAAUGUAAUGCUUAUACUAAACCUUAAUUCAUUGCUAGGUAUAUCGGACACAGCCAGACGCUGUAUACCCUCAAAACAAUCAGGCUCAGGUGUCCAGUUCUCCUUUUGGUCUUUUUUUUUUUCCUCCUCUUUCUCUCGACAAGAGCUCUUGUAAAGGACCCCAUUC